CAAGCAUGUCUGCCGACAAGCGAUGCUUGGUGCUUCGAAAGUCGUAACCCAAGAAAGAACAGUAGGAAACAGUUGCAACAUGAUGGCCAAUCUCACUCAUACGUAGCAAACUUUCAACAAACACAACACCAAGUCAAUCAACUAACUCUAGGAAUGUACUUUUGGCAAGUGUUGCAGACUUCGCCACAGUCGUCACGUUUUGCGAAGGAGCAGGGCACGGAGGCACCCCUCCCUCCGGCAGUGAUUCGAUGGGAAACACUUGGCGGUGAACAAAAACUUCGUGACUAUCUGCAGGGGGGACAUGGCACAGGAUCGCCUGGAAGUGGUGACGACAAUCAAGAAACGCAAGAACAAGAAGUUGGCAGUAACUCCUCUCGAACGUCCAAGGUUGAGCUCCAAGGUGGUUUUCGUUCCAAGAUGACCAAGCGUGAUACGAGACCAGCAGAUCAUCGUAAGAGAGCUGAAAUAUUUCGGGCGGCGCCAUCAACUCUUCCGCAGAUAGAACUGCCCUGCGAAUGGAUCGAUACGGACGGUGCCGACGAUGCAUCAGCUUGGCACGCCAUGUGACUGUGGCGGGUCCUCGUCGGGGUGGAAGAGCCAGGUCGAGGCAAAAAAGGGACGUUCUGCCAGUACCAUUGAUAUGUAGCUAGCUGGCUAGCUGGGGCAAAUUGGCUAAAAGGUGCUGGAUGACUAAAUCAUUGCUACCGGUAUACAUGUGUC